AUAUUUUUUAAUAUAACGUCAUCCUCAUAUUUUAAACUCAUUUUUGUGCAGUAAUCCGUAUUAACCGAAUCUAAGGGAGGCCAUGUCAAGGUUCAGUGGAGCCUUACAGCUCACCGAUAUAGAUGACUUUAUCACGCCCUCGCAGAUGUGCAUUAAACCCAUGCAAACUUUGCCCAUAAAUAAGGUGACGUCGAAAACUGGGGCGAAAAUCACCGUAGAGGAAGACAGCUGUUUCGAGGAAUCUGUGAGUGGUAACCCAAAACUUCAAAAAGUAGAAAUCACACUGCAAGACUGUCUGGCCUGUUCAGGGUGUAUAACUUCCGCCGAAGGCGUUUUAAUCAACAAGCAGAGCCUGGAGGAGCUUCUUAGAGUCCUUUCUGAGAACACAAAAAACAAAAAAUUUGGGAAAUGCGAUAAUGUACGUACCAUUGUUUUCACCGUGGCUACCCAGCCUUUGCUGAGUUUAGCCCAUCGAUAUCAAAUGGGAGCGGAGGAUGCUGCGCGCCAUUUAACAGGGUACCUCCGCAGUUUAGGCGCUGACUAUGUCUUUUGUACCAAAGUAGCUGAUGAUCUAGCGCUUCUUGAGUGCCGUCAGGAAUUUAUGGAAAGGUACCGCGAAAACGAUUCUUUGACCAUGCUCAGCUCUUCUUGUCCGGGGUGGGUAUGCUAUGCGGAGAAGAAUCACGGGAACUUUAUACUCCCUUACGUGGCCACUACCCGAUCGCCACAGCAAAUAAUGGGAGUGUUAGUGAAACAGUUCCUGGCCGACAAGCUAAAUAUUCCUGGAUCGCGUAUCUACCAUGUGACAGUGAUGCCCUGCUACGAUAAGAAGCUUGAGGCCUCCCGCGAUGACUUUUUCAGCAAACUGAACAAUGCACAGGACGUGGACUGUGUAAUCACAGCAGUUGAGGUUGAAAAGAUGUUGACCGACGACCAGCGAACACUGGCGCACUACGAUCCUGAUGAUCUGGAUUGGCCAUGGUCUGAAAUAAAACCGGAAUUCAUGGUGUGGGCCCACGAGGCGACCCUUUCUGGUGGUUACGCAGAACACAUAUUUAAGUUCGCUGCUCGAGAGCUUUUCAACGAAGAAACACCGGAUAAGCUUGAGUUUAAACAACUUAAAAAUCGCGACUUUCGAGAAAUAAUUCUUGAAAAGAAUGGCAAGACCGUUUUGAAAUUUGCUAUUGCCAACGGCUUCCGAAACAUACAAAACCUGGUGCAAAAACUGAAGCGUGGAAAAGGUGCACAUUAUCACUUUGUAGAGGUUAUGGCAUGUCCUUCUGGCUGUAUAAACGGAGGUGCACAGGUACGACCCAUAAACGGGCAGCAUGUUCGCGAGCUUACUCAGCAACUAGAGGAUAUGUAUCAGAAGCUUCCACGAUCACAGCCUGAUAACGCUUUAACAAAACACAUAUACAACGACUUUCUGGACGGCUUUCAAACGGAAAAAUCAUAUAAGCUACUUCACACUAGUUACCAUGAUGUGGUAACUAAGAUCAGUACAUCUCUUAAUAUUAAGUGGUGAAACUAUAUUGUUGUGCUUUAUUUUUAGAAAAGUUUUUAGAAAACACUGGCCCUUGAGUUACGACUUUCAGUCAGGGGAACUCCAUAAAAAAUGAAGAUAUUCUGUUAAAUACUGCAGAACUGUUCGGGUCACCUGUAUUUAAGCAAUCAUGAUGUUUACCAUCCUGUUCUUGUCCAAACCCAUGUAUCUCUUUGUUUAUUUAAAUGUAAAUUUGUAGAAAUCACGAUCGAAUUAUUCUAAAAACAGAGAAAGGCUAAUUAUAACUCAAUAAACUUGUACAACAAAAUCCAGUGUAAAACAAAAAUCCGGCAGAUAUAAUUUAAUUGACUUCAAAUUUUGACACAAUAUUAUUCAGGUAUUACGCAUUCAAUUAAAAAAAUAAAAAAAAUGUAAUACCUUA